UAUUUUGUUCUCUAAAUGAAGUUUCUCUCUUUUCUUUUACAGGAUGAGUUUUUAGAUGUGAUUUACUGGCUACGGCAAAUUAUUGCAAUAAUUCUUGGUGUGAUAUGGGGAGUCGCACCGUUGAAAGGAUUCCUGGCAAUAGCCAUAUUCUGCAUCAUCAACGCUGGCAUCCUGUACGUAUACUUCAGCAGCUUUCAGCAGGUUGAUGAGGAGGAGUAUGGUGGCACGUGGGAACUCACCAAAGAAGGCUUCAUGACAUCUUUUGCUCUCUUUAUGGUGGUGUGGAUAAUCUUUUACACAGCACUACAUUUUGAAUGACAGGGAUCCAUAAGACACUAAAUAUGAACAUUUCUGUUGAAGUAAAUUGCCAAGAAAGAGGAACCCCACAGCUUGAGGGGUCUCAAUGCUCCUCCCUACAAUAUGACUUUUUCAGUGUGCAGUGCAUCAUGGGAAUCCUUGUUUGAUUAACAGGAUCCUGCAAGAACACCGUGAUGAACAAAAAAAUGUACACCUGUCUAAUUCAGGGGUUCCUUUUAAGGCAGGCUUUAUCACACUUCCCACAUGUUUAUAUUUCCUUCUUAAUUUUAAUGUUAUCAUCUCUUUCAAAACACUACCGAAAAGGUCAGUUGAGAUCGGUCGCAAUUCAAUGUGCGAUGGAAGAUUGCCUUGAUGUGAAUCAGAAUAGAACUUCCUUUGUUGGUUUACUACAGGGCCUUUCGUCUGCUUUAGAAGACAUGAACGGACAUUUUAGACUAUAAAAGCAGCAUGUGUUUCAUCCCAGUUGCUGACAACAAACUGUUGUCAUAUUUAUUAAGGAUCAGUCAACCCAUAAGUGUGAAUUGUUACCUUUUUUUAAAUGUAGGGACAAAACACAUGAUACCGGAUAUAACUACCAGUAAUGAAUUGUUCUUGUGGUUUUUACUGUUAAAUACCAUCUCUUAAAUUUCACUCCAAACUUUAUGUUUUGUCUUUUGAUUUUUUUGCUCACUCGAUAUAAACGUAGCAUUUUUGAAUAAAAUCUGUCAAUAGUCAUUUUGUCUUAAAGGUCUGGUGUCCAACAAAUGUGAAAGUUCUUAGGCAACCACACAUAUGAUAUCUCACUCGUGCUAAUUUUAACAUCAAAACCAAAUGCAGGCUCGUAAAAUACACAUAUCGGCUGAUAUUCAAUCCCGAUGACGGGAUCUGCCAGUAGUAUCAAUAUGCUGUUGCUAAGGACAGGAACUAAAAACUAUCCAAGCAAUCUGUCCAUACAAAUGAUUUCCUCAAAGCAAAGAGGAAACAUGCAUGCCCUUUUCAGAUGCAAAUGUUCACAGAUUUAAGCUUAAAACGAGUCGGUGCGCUGCCAUGACUAACUGUUCUUAUAUCUAGAUGUCAUUUAUUAAUGGCAUUAGUUAGGAGGGUAGACCUAAUUUUAAAUUAGAUUAUUCUCACUUGUAGCUUCCAGAUCAAAGUCUUACCUGUUUUUGAAAUUAAUUUAAAUUUGUUUGUAAAUUCUGUACAAUGUCCGUUUUGUCAAAUCCACCUUGUAUUAAACAGAUUUAUUUGUACUUAUGUUAUAUCUUGUUUAAUGUAACAUAUUUCUCAGUAUUUUAUAGUGAAGAACUUUUAAAAACAGUUCUUGCAAAGUUAUUAAAAUUAUAAUGUUAUAUUAGAUACGCAGCUGGUGUUUGAAAGGAUUGUAUUUUCUGAUCAAAUCUUUUGGGAAUCAUUAAACAUGGGCUUUAUUUGGCCUCCAUUUUCAAAGUCA